AUGGGUGAAUCACAGCAGCAACAAUGUUUUCAACCACCAAUUUACUAUGAUAGCAACACUAUAGAACAGCGAGAAGGUCUUCUUCGUUCACUAGCACAAAACCCCAACAUGUUGAAUGAUUUUUAUCAGUUUCUUGAAUUUACUCGAGCUCGUAGUGCACAGCAGUCGUUUCAGCAUACUUACAACGAUCAAAGAAACCAAGAGCAACAACAAAUUCCAUCAAUUUUAAAUAUUAAAACAAGCUUUCAACAUAAAUCAUCAACUCCAAAACGUAGUCGACCGCUCAACGAGAGCGAUGGAUCAAUCAGCUCAGCACAGAAGCAACACAAACCAAGCACAAAUGCAUACAUACAAAGGGAACAAGCAUUAACAACUAACGCGCAACAACCGAAAUCACUUCCCUUUGAUCAACUAAAACGUGCUGUUUCUUCCAAUUUGCCGUGCUUUUUCAUCGAAUUCGAUCAAUCUACAACUAUACAUCGACUUCCUUCAGCCUUCGAAGCUAGAAGUUUGAUUGAAAAGCAUUUUAAAGAACAUAAUAUACGUAUUCAACAUUUUUCAUUAGUUGGAUAGGCAAAUAAACGUCUUAAAUUAGGAGUGAAUAACAAGGAAGAUUACAUGACGUUACUAACAACAGAAAAUUGGCCUACAGCAAUCAAAAGUGUUCCUAUUAAAAUUGUGAAACUAAAAUUUAUUCCGGAUUGCUUUGCUUUAGUUGUUCGGUAUGUUCCAC